CGGCACGCCAUCCGCCGUCCGCAUUCUUGUCCUCCGCCACCGUCUACCAUCUGAGCUCCUCCCCGCCGCCAGUAUCUUAUCAUGGCCACCAAAGCCGCCCAGAAGCGCCUCUCGAAAGAGUACGCGACGAUGCAGAAGGAGCCCCCUCCGUACGUCUGGGCGGUGCCCGACGAGCGCAACAUCUUGACCUGGAACUUUAUCAUCCGCGGUCCGCCUGACUCGCCGUACGAUGGCGGAGAGUACCACGGGCAGUUGCUAUUCCCCGCCGAGUACCCGUUCAAGCCGCCGGGCAUCAAGAUGCUCACGCCGUCGGGGCGCUUCUACCCAGACAAGAAGAUCUGCUUCUCCAUGUCGGACUUUCACCCUGGGAGCUGGAAUCCUGCAUGGAGCGUCCAGACGAUUCUCACCGGCCUCCUCUCCUUCAUGCUCUCCGACGAGAUUACGACCGGCUCCGUUAACUCGUCACCCGCACACAAGCGCGGCUUCGCUGCGCAGAGCCAUAACUGGAAUAUCCAGCAGGCGCGGUUUAGAGAGGCGUUUCCGGAGUACGCCACCCCGGAGAUGCGCGACCUUCCGAAUAUGGGCGAGAAGGAGCGCGGCCGGGCGGAUAAGCCGCCUACGCCUCCGCCCGCUCCAUCACGACCUGCCUCUUCUACCGGAGCGAACGCAACCUCAUCUGCAGCCCAAGCCGCCAACGCAGCCCAGCCCGGAAACGGCGCACAACCAGCACCCGCCCCAGGUGCGUGGGGCGCGGCGCUGUGGGAGAAGUGGCGGUGGGGGGUGCUGAUCGUGCUCGCGGUGCUGGUGUCGAGGAUGUCGGGGCCGUAGUGGGGAGGCGAUCGAGGCGACGUGGGCGGGAGGCGAUGGAGGCGACGUGGGUGGGUGGGUGCGUGUCUUGGUGCUGGGGUCUCGUAGGUAGUAUGGUGGGAGGGCUAAGAAGAGAAGGGAUGCCAGGCGAUGGGCAGAGGGGUUGGAUG